AUGCAAUAUUGUGCCGCGGUCAUCUUACUAUAUCGGCCUCUCGCGAAUUUCGGCAUAGAAGCCUCGGAAAGAAGCGACUACUCACCCCAAUUCCGCCUCAUCUGUGUGAAACAUGCCAUGGAUGCCACUCGAUACAUGGAAGACUACCGAAACAACUACGGCAACGCAACCACCCUCAGCGGUAUAAGUCUGCACAUAAUAUCAACUGUCUCAACAACGCUUAUAGCCGAUAUAACAGAACGACGGCAUUCAGAUGUCAGCAGGGAAUUCCACUGUCUGAUAGUAUGUGUCCGCACAUUACUCGAGCUGGAACAAACCUACCUCGUGGCUUUGCAAGUCCGAAAAGUGAUUGAGGUGGUCAUUCGGAUAUGUAACCUUGAAAACCACGAGUUACAGGUUGCUUCCUUGCUACCUGAGGGCCUUCAUAUCGGAGCUUCGUAUACACCUACACCAUCUGCUGGCCAGACGGAAAGCUCUCAAGAUGAGGACACCAGAGACACAAAACAAGAACCAGACUCGAGUCUCAUACUACAAAGGUUCCGUGGAGCCCCUCCACAACCACCCAUCACCACUGAUACGAUGCCAAUGCCAGAACAGCCCUAUCUGGACAUGACGUAUAACCCCUUUCCGCUUCUUGAUGGGAUGCAAGUACAUCCUCAUCCGUCGACGAUGCCGGGGGAUAUACAUGCCACGUACCCAUGUACCCAAUAA